UUUGCUCCAGCCAAUGCGGUGGUCUGUCCAGCCCUUGCAUCUGAAGUGACAGGCUACUUGUUGGCUGGAGAGAAAGCGAUGCAGUUACAAAAUGCCAAAUUUAACCCACCUCCGGAAGGCGUUGCAGCCAAACUGGAAGCAAAGAAAUGCACAGAUCAGAUGUCCUUGGGGAAAAGAGUGGAAAUAGAAAGAAUAUUGGUAAUUUCUUUCUUCUUUAUGCAUAGUUAGAGGCUUCUG